GUGAAGCUUACACCGGAGCUCAUUGCGCAAUGCCCGUCCGGCCUGAACCCUCUCAAAGAACGGCAACUGGAUUUAAGAGGCUAUAAAAUCCCUGUCAUCGAAAAUCUGGGUGUUACCCGAGACCAGCACGAUGCUAUAGAUUUUACAGAUAACUCCAUUAUUGCGCUUGGAAAUCUACCAUUGAUGCGACGGCUACGCACCCUCCUCCUCGCCAACAACCGUAUAGCAUCGAUAUCCCCCUCCCUCCAUGUCUCAGCCCCUAACCUUACCUCCAUCGUCCUCACAAACAACAACAUCCAAGAGCUCGGUGACCUCGAGCCACUAAAGGAGCUAAAACAUCUACAGUACCUGAGUUUGCUCGGGAACCCAGUGCGGGAAAAGAAAUGGUAUCGCGAAUGGCUUGCGUGGCGGUUACCUGCGCUGAGAGUUUUGGAUUUCCAGAGAAUUCGUGACAAGGAGCGUAAGGCAGCACGAGCGCUAUUCCUGACGGCAGAUGGUCUCCCGACCAAGCUAGCCACAACACUGGCCGAGACGGUGUCCACUCACUCGACGAAGCCACCUGUGACGACAGAUGAGCCCAAGGCGCUCAUGGAACCUGGUAAAGCAGGGCGUCUCAUGUCAAAAGAGGACCAGGAGAGGGUCAAGGAGGCCAUUGCACGUGCGACUUCUAUUGAGGAGAUCCGGAGGUUGGAGAGAAGUCUGAAGGAGGGAUUCUUGCCCACUAUGGAUUCA